AGGAUUAUGCGCUAGUGCUAAAAAUAAUACAUUCACAAAUCAGCUGUGUGUGUAGAUUCAACCUUCCUUUUUUCUUUCGAAAUUUGGAGCAGUUAGCAGAUGAAAAUGACCGCCAAGAUGUGCUAAUUGGGGACAGGAGUCUUCACAGACGCUUAUGGAUAACGCUGAUUCGCUCAGCUGUUGCAUGUGUCGUUGUUUAGGGCGGAAGGUGUCCGUGGUUGCUGUGUGUGGGGUGGGCCAUGUUGCGUUCCUCAGGGAAGGGGCUGCAGGCAAGCAUGCUGUUCGGCAUGCUCUCUGAGGCCCUGGGCAAGGAACAACAGGUGUGGAGGCCCCUUCUUCUCAAAGAGCCCCAGGAAGAGGAGAAUGAGAUCCAGCCCAGUCAGAGGGACGAGGCAGUAAAGUGGUUGCUUGAAUGGAACCAGAAAUUCAAAUACUGCCCCGAAACCUUCAUGCAAAGCACUGGACUACUGGACCGUUUCCUUAUGGCUGUUAAGGCAAGACCCAAGUAUUUGAGGUGCAUUGCCUUCAGCUGUUUCUUCCUGGGUGCCAAGCUUAGAGAAGAAGAUGAGGAUGUCCCGGCCACAGAAGAUCUUGUUCAGGAGAGCAGCUGCAGCUUCUCCGUCGGUGAAGUACUGCGCAUGGAGCUCAUUGUCCUGGACAAGCUCAGGUGGGAUCUCUCCACCAUCACAGCACUGGACUUCCUACAGAUUUUCCAUGCCAUGCUGUUGACUCAGGUCCCCCACCUCCUGGCUCCUCUGGGUCAAAUGACCCCCUCCCGACACCUGUCCAUACUGACCGGUCGGCUCAGCCAGUGCCUGGCCAAUCACCAGCUGGCCACGUUCCGACCGUCGGUGCUGGCCCUGGCGCUGCUCAGUCUGGAGCUGGAGGUGGUCAGCCGGGACUGGCUGACGCUGUCCAUGAUGUUCCAGCGACUGAUUGGUGUGGACAAUCAGCAGCUGAUACGGUGUCGUGAGCUCAUCACGGGCACCCUCCUGGGCCACCCAGGCCACAACGUGGUCUACAUCAUCGCCCCGCCCCACCCACACAGCAACCACGACAAAGGCACCGCCGGGGGUCACCAACACCACGACCCCAAGACGGCAAAGCGCAAGAAUCAGACGGAGGAGGACGACGACAUAUACGCAAGUAUCAAGCGUCUGUACAAUGAAGACACGGCACCUCCCCUGCCCCAGGGGGAGCUGCCGCCCCCACCGGUGGGGAAGCCACCCCCACCCCAGGGGAUUUCAUCCCCUGCCCUAGUGUCCAGCUGCUCGUCACAGAUGUUGCAGGACCAGGAAGGGGAGGGGAUGGCCCCAUGUCCCCCUCUGCAAUCAAUUCAGGUCACUUAGUUUGGUUUUUCCUGUAGACACUUGACUUAGGCGUCAUUCUAUAGAAAGUCAGUGAGUGUUCCUGUCUUCAUCACAAUACCUUCUGAGUGCUUGGUGUUCAAGAAACAAUUUACUUCAAUUUUAAAUGUGUGACUUUUAAGCUACUAUUCGUCCUAAACAUGAGGCUUAACAUUUUUUAGCAUUACGUGUGUUUUUAAUUUCCAUGUAUCACUUUUCAAAAGUAUUGUAUUGUUAUUCAUUUUAAAAAUGUGAAAAGUGUGUGUGGUAAAAGGGGAACACUUUCCAGGUAUCAAGAAAGGUAUUGUGGUUUGAUCUAAGAACACUCACUGCAAGGUUAUUGUUGGAUAUGUUGGUGUUAUUAGUUGUAAAUAUUUUAAUAUGUAAGUUGUGAUUAAGAAGCCACAAACAAAGAAAGGAUAACCAACUAAGUGUGUACAUUCGUUAAUUUAUUGGCGAAAAAAAGCCUGAACGAAAAAUGGACAAACUGCAGCAUGCCAAUUAUUAAAAUCGUUUUAUUUUUAUAUUUUUGUUGGCUUAUUUUUAGGGGAGAAAAAGAAACAGCGCAGUUGAUCAGUUAUAAUUUUGGUUACAAAUUUGGUGUGUUGAUUUUGGAGAAUCAAAUUCCUGCAGGAAUUGUGUGAGUUUAAUCUGCAGGAAAAAAUAACAAACACAAGGAAUGGUGAUUUAUCAGAUGUUUUGCAAUCAAGUGCUGCUCCCUGAUUCUGUAGGCCAUAUUUGCCUAACAAAAUCCGUGUAAACAGACGUGUUAAGUCAAGUUCAAUGUCGGUUGCUGUAACCUGUAAGAAAGUGUUCUGCGUUCUCAGUUUGGUCCAGAAUGAUGGACCAUCGAGCAGACUUGUCUAAAAUACGGCAAAUCCUCCAGGGUAAAGUACUAGUAAUAUAUUGAUGACAUUGGAUAUUUUCAUUGCUAUAAAUCUCUAGAUGCAUGCGUGUUCAGAAACACACAUUCUACAUGUGCUAAUGAAAAAACAAGAAGCCAAUAAGCCUCUGCACUGAUGACAUCACACUUUGUUUACAUGUGCGCUUUCUUACGGGAGCUUGGUGGGGAUGACGGUUUCGUAGCCCCAUAGAAAAGCGCACACGUAAACAAAAUGUGACGUCAUCGGUGCAGAGGCUUAUAGACCCGAGACAUUAUGAUGUCGCGCUUUGUUUACAUGUGCACUUUCUUAUGGGAGCUUGGUGGCUCUGGUCCCCACCUGGCUUAUUUGGCCUGGAGUGGCCGAUUUCACAGACAAUAAAUACGAGAUGAAAAUAUUGCCUGUGUAUAAUUUAGCAUAGGAUAACAAAUUACUGUACAGUAUUUGCAGUGCACCUGAUGUUAACCAAAGGUUUUAUAAGAAAAAAAAUAAUAUAUGCUGGAUUGGUAAUGUAUUAGUGCGGGUAAAGAUGUCUUGACGUGAUAUCUGUUCAUUACUUUCAAACCAGUAAUAUUUUUCCGGAAAAUUUCGGGAGCUCUUACAUUAAGAGUAAGAAUAUUGAAAUAAAUUACUUUUUUUUCCAAAGAGUUUUCAGUUGGUAGUUGGAAACAAAUUUGAAACAAAUUGGUGAAAACACUAAAUUGAUUCUGAUCACUAUUAACUUUUUCUUUAAUUUCUCGCUAAAGUAGCUACUACCUGAAAUGCUUUUGAAUUGAUGAAAGCCCCUCUAAUAAUAGAUUUAGAGUUAUAAUUUGUAGCCAAUUACAUGCAUUUGGGAAUCAAUUUCCUUUUAAAGAAAAACACAGCUCUCUUAGAAAUAUAGGUGUGGUCAAAUUGUUAUGAAUCCUAUAUUGCUAAUCCUAUAUUUAUGCAUGUGUGUACAUUAUUAUAUGUUAUUAUUUAUUUUAAAAUUUACGUUGGUGCUUGAGUGAUGAAUCAUUUCCAUAGCUGCUGUGGUAUAUCAACUUUCACCCCCAAGACAACACCUGUGUAAAUUAUAAGAGAAAACAAAUCAGUUGUAAAGUUGUACCAUAAAAAAAUAGACAUUGUGAGAUAUGUAUUAUUUAUAAAAAAUCACUUUGGCAACAGAGUGGAAGAAAAAAAUAUCAAAACUAUUAAGAAAAGUAUGCAACAAAAAUGUACAUGUAUUCUUACUUGCCAAGUUUGUAGGGGCAAUGUGAAAGUGGUCACCUUGUGAAUGGUUGUUUUAGUUUUUAGAUGUUUUGUACUGAAAAUACCAGAGAAUUAUGUUUUUUUGUCAUAUUGACCUCUGGAAGGUAGUUCGAGGACAAAUGUUGAGUCUUUUAAGGAUUGUCAUUUUGUUGAACAGGACAGUUGAAUGAUUAAAGUCUUAAAGAAGGCUGUUUUAAUGAACAUUAUGAUGUUUUAAUGUUUUAAUUACGUGAUCCGAAUUUGUGUUAGUUUUACCAUUUGUUUUUUUAGUCUGUGUUUGAGAACGGUGUAAAAUCCUGAAAGACUGAUUAACUGUUUGUUAAAUCAUUGUGAAAAGGACAUGAACUUCACUAUGAUGGUAGAUAUUGUAACAAAAUUGAAAACUGUUUGGUCGCCCACAUUGGGUUGGAACUGUCAGUCAUUUUUUCCACAAAACAACCAAGUAAACGUAUUCAAAAUAUUUUGAAGGGGUAAGUGACCAAUUUCCGUGGAGCUGCUGCAAGCACAAAAAUGUUUCGCUUUGCAAAAAAGUGCUAUAAAAACCGUGCUCUGUGACUGUUUUUCAGUUGAAAUUUUUCGCUUAUUCUCAAAAAGUUUAUUGUACUUUCUGCUUGCCAGCUCCAUGCAAACUUGUUCUGAUUGCUCUACAGAGCUUUAGUGGCUUAGUCUGGAGUUGAAGCAAAUUAUCAAACGGUUUGAAGCGCCAUUAAAUGUCAUAUUCUGUUAACCAUAAAGGAUUUUCGAAUUUGUGAUAAUUUUAAUGUAAUGAAAUAUAACCUUUGGUUUCAAAUCAGAUUCCUUGAAUUAGGAAUAGGAGUUUAACUGAUUACUGAAAUGGCUCUUGAGAUUUCUUUUGGCUUGUACUAAUUUUUACCGUUUUGAUGCGAGAAUUAGAAAUUAGUCUGGGUAUAUAAGAUGUGCCUCAUUCAAUCCAAAACGCUCACAUUGGUUUUAAUGACUUACCUAAACCGAGUGUUUCUGAAGAUUGUUAACUUUUUGAAAAUCGAAGAAAACGGACAAGGCAAUGAGCUUUACCAAUAAAACGGUUUCUUUUAAAAUGAA